CCCCCACGCAAUUUCGCAAUCGCAAUUUCUCACCGCGAAAUGCGAAUUGUUCCCUCGGUCGCGAUUGGAAUCCGAAUAUCAGACAUAUCGCAAGCCUGUCAUGUCUCGCAAUGACGACACGUAAUAUUCUGUCCUCGUCGCUUCGCUCCGAUUUCAAAGGAAGCACCGCAAGCGAAUAAAAAGUGCGAGCUAUCGUGGGCGAGAAUAUUUGCCCGUUGUGACGUCACUGUAUUAAGCUUCGCUUGUGAAGUAUUUCUUAGCUGUUUCGACGAUUGUGUGCUUCCGUUCACCUACAACGUCGCUAUUACGUGGCCUCGAAGCACUGUCUUUACAGAGGCCUCGGUGAAUUCUGCCGAUGCCGAAAUCGUUGGCUUUGCCAGCUGGCCCAUUUCGCGUUAUCGUGUAAACUCUGACGUAGUCGAUCUACAAGAAUUUUUGAAUACCUCUGUGACGUAACGAAUUGUAGUUUUUGGCGAGAAACGCCGUUGAGAUCUCGGGGAUAUUUCUCAAUUGGCCGUGUGAGACAAGGCAGAUUUGUAAAGUUGUAAACAGAUGAGAAAAGAAAGCAGCGAGAUGUCGUCUCGAGUUUACAGACAGCAUUGCUACUUGUGCGAUCUUCCUCACACACCGUGGGCUAUGCUCACGGAUUUCUCAGAGCCGAUAUGUCGCGGUUGUUGCAACUACGAGGGCGCCGAACGUAUCGAAUAUGUCAUCGAACAUGCGAGGACGCUUCGGAAAAACUACGAACUCGAAAAGGCGAAGGCAGAGCAGGGCAAUUACUCGAAUACAUCUCCCAGUCCGCCUUAUGCCACGAUGAACGGCCGAGCCACCGCAACGAGUCCAAACAGCGCGAUUGCUGCCCAACGAAAAUACUACGUGUCAAACACCGCGUACGCUUCCAUGGGCCGCAGCGAACCGAUCCCAAAAGGUAUGUCUGCCGGUUUGUAUCCACCGCGAGUAAGCACUACUGCCCAGCUACCGUUAGUAAAAAUCGAGGGAAAUCCAGCCGGUCGCGGAUACGCUUUGCCUGCUGGCAGUAUGAACGCUGUCAUUUCGAGCGCUAGGCAGCAGCAAGGCGCUGAAGGAGACGAGGCAGCGAGGAAGGCCUUCUCUGGCGCUCUUGUCGCUGGCUUUCCUCACCCAGGCGUACAUCACGAAGAGCAGCCAAGACUCGUACGAGAAACGCUCGCUACGUUGAACAUGUCGACGCCGUUUGAUUUACGUUUCAAGAAAGACCCGUCGCUUCGUGCCCGUGCGAUGCAUUUCGAUGUGUUCAACAAAUCACACGCGCCGGGAAUUAGCGACUUCGAGAUGAAGAUAUUCAUCGAGUAUCCCUAUGGCUCGGGGAAUUUUAUUCAGAGCGCGUCCGGUGCGGCCAAACAGAUGCAGAACGAUAGCGUGAAAGACGUGGGAAAAAGCAGCGCUGCGUCGGGUUAUAAAACCUUGGAGUACGAAAAAGUACAUGGCAGUGGCGAGUGGAUUACGCUGGGAGACCUCAUUUCGGAGAGCGUGCGGUACUUCAAAGAGCCCGUGAAUGCAGACCUUUUGCCAACGCCGUAUCGCGAGAACGAGAUGGUGAACCCUGCGUUUAUCAAUCGCGGCGUUCGAAACCAGCGCAAAAGACGGGUGACCCCCGAGCUGGACGGUAGCGAUGAUAUGCUAGCGAAACAGGCAAAAGAUGAUCCGAAACGACUCGGGGAUACUGGGAAAACCGUCAUGUCAUCUAUGGGUCUGGCUUCCAGCAACACAAGCACUCCGAUCCCUUCCGCCUCUGUUCAACCUAUGCCGGUCUCAACUAGACCGGGGGGGCAGGCCAGCGUCGAUGUGCGACGAGGCGUUCCUGAACAUACUCGUCUCCACAAUGGCAUUGCCGAUCCUAUGAGCGGGGUAAAAAUGGCGCCUACCUCAGCAGUCGAAAAGAAUUCCCCUAUGGGCGCAGUAAAGGACUCGCAAGGGAACUCAGUGACUCCCGGCGUCUUAACUUGCGUGCUUUGCAAUGGACGCUUAGAAGACACGCAUUUUGUUCAAUGCCCUUCCGUGGCCCAUCACAAAUUCUGCUUUCCGUGUUCUCGUAAAAGCAUAGUAUCGCAAAAGUCCGAGUCAGCUGAAGUGUUUUGCCCGAGCGGUGAACGUUGCCCCUUACAAGGCAGUAAUCUACCAUGGGCGUUCAUGCCAGAGGAAAUAAAGACUAUAGAAGGCUAUGGUGUGACGCCUAAUGGAAAAGACAAGGACAAGUAGAGUGAUUUUCGCUCUAGAACAUUCUUGUGUGCAUGUGCCGUUGUAGUACAAUAUAGGAAAGCUUUCGCAAGGGUAAGGACGGUUAUUAAAUAAGGUUACAUCUCACAAUAUUUUGGCUCGCUUUGCUAAACUUAUAUUCGGUUUUGAAAUUUAUCGUGAAAUUCCAUGCCUAAACGUUUUAAUUACGAGUAUUUGUCACAUAUUUGUUACAUUUAUUCGGCAAAGAUGAAAUCGCAACCCGUUUUCCCAUAAAAUCUCGUGGCUAAAUUUCUGUAUUGUUUCAAAACGCACAUUGCACAGCUCGCUAGUUUUAAUGGCUUUGAACUAUGCAAUGAAUUUAAUGUAAAAUGUUAAAUUAGACAUUUUUACGAUUUCUGAAAUAUUGUCUGGCUUUGAAAUUUUGCCAAGUAUUCUUGGGAUUGGCAUUAAUAAAAUGCUAUAUUCAAGCAUGCAGUCGACAACCUUUCAAAUUGCAUCGAUCCAAUUCGCUUUUUUCCUUAUUUUUUUUAUUAUGGCCACGUAUUGCUUGUAUGUAUGUAAAUUGAGGGAAUUUAAAUAUUAUACUCCCUCGUUUUGGCACACAUCCCCAUCUGGUAAAUCUCCCUUCCAAUUUUGCCUUUUUUCGCUCAAAUUUGAAAACAGUAGAAUCGAUAAAUGGAGAAAAUUUUGAUUACUAAAUUGCAACGAAUCACAGACGUAAUCUCAUGUGGCAAAUUUGUUCACUUAAUUUGCAUAUUGAAUGUCCAAACCAUUUUGUAUAUUUACCUAACUGUAAAUGAUUUAAAUGGAUAUAUAACGUUUCACUCAUUUUUUGUGCCACACAGCCGGCGAAGUUUCAAUCUAAUUUCGUGAUUUAUAAAUUUAGAUCUUGCGCAAGCUUUCCCGAAGUAGCCACAAGCCACAUCUUGUUUUUCUUGUACAUAUUUGAUUUAGUAAUUAGCCUAGCAUGUCGUAAUUGUCUCUGGAACGUCUAUAACGCGUUUCCGUGUAAAUUCCCACCUGUAAAUAAUUUUAGUUCACUUAUUUUUGUCAAAAGAAUUGCGCUUAAAUCUUA